AUGGACGAAGCCGUGAGACCCAGCUACAAGGCCAGCUUCACUGACCGGUUGCUUCUCCCUAGCUUGGUCGGUGCGCUCAACUUGGACGCUUUGCGUGUCGAGCUUCGCCAGUACAACUUACAUGAUGCCUACCCUUCUGGAACUGCCCAAGGCACUCAAUCCACCGUUCCCAUGACCGACAAGCGAUUCGAAACUGCCCGCAACUCAGAGGGCAAGUUCAACUCAACUGAAAUGCCACUCAUGGGAUGCGCUGGUAUGCGAUUAGGGCGCAAUUUUCCCAGAGCUUUUUGCCCAAAACCUUACGAUGAGGAUCUUUGGAAUCCAAACCCGAGGAUGUUGAGCGAGCGCUUCAUGGCACGAAAAUCCUUUAUUCCAGCUACAACAUUGAACUUACUCGCUGCUGCGUGGAUCCAAUUCCAAACUCAUGAUUGGUUCUUCCAUGAAAGUGGCGAGAACAACUACGAUAUACCUCUGCCUCAUGGAGAUGAGUGGCCCCAUGGCAAGAUGGAGCUGCCACAGACGGAACCAGAUCAAAUUCUCAGCGAGACCGACCGCAGGUGCCCAGGGUACAAGAAUGUCAAUACGGCGUGGUGGGACAGUUCGCAGAUCUAUGGCUCGAGUGAGGCCGUGACAGAAACACUGCGAAACAAACACAGCGACGGCAAGCUGUUACUCACCAAGGAUGGCCGAGCACAGUUCCUGCCGCGUGAUGCUGAGAACAACCCGCUGACGGGGUUCAACAACAACUGGUGGAUUGGUAUGGAGAUGUUGCACACUCUUUUCGCGCUGGAACACAAUUCCAUCUGCGACAUGCUGAGGCGAAACUACCCCGAUUGGACUGGCGACCAGAUCUUUGACAAGGCUCGUCUUGUCAACUGUGCGUUGAUGGCAAAGAUACACACUGUGGAAUGGACUCCAGCCAUUCUCGCUCACCCGACGCUCAAGAUCGCCAUGAAUGCGAAUUGGUGGGGUCUUGUCGGCGAGACCUUGACGAAGAAGCUGGGUCGUAUUUCAAAGACAAGUGAAGUCAUCAGCGGCAUCCCAGGCUCCGGAGUCGAUCACUUCGGUGUACCGUAUUCCCUCACCGAGGAGUUCGUCUCGGUUUACCGUAUGCACUCUCUCAUUCCAGACACAAUUGCCUUUUUCAAUGCUCGUGACGGCGAACUGAAAAGUUGCAAACGUGUCGAGGACAUGCUCUUCCGCGACGCACAGAAACCGCUCGAUGGUGACAUCACCUUUGCUGACGCCUUCUACUCGUUCGGCAUCAACUAUCCUGGCGCAAUCACGAACUCGAACUAUCCCGACUUCCUCCGCAAUCUGACCACGCCUGACGGGCUGCAUCGAGACAUGGGUACCGUGGAUAUCCUUCGAGACCGUGAGCGCGGGGUACCACGAUACAACCAAUUCCGGCGACUGCUGCACAUGCCACCAGUCAAGAACUUUGAGCAGCUGACUGGAGGCAAUAAGGAAUUGGCUGCGGCGCUCUCCGACGCGUAUGGCGGUGACAUCGAGUUGGUGGACACGCUGGUGGGGUCGCAUAGCGAGCCUGUGCCGGCAGGCUUCGGAUUCAGCGACACUGCAUUCCGCAUCUUCAUCCUCAUGGCGUCGCGCCGACUGAAGAGCGAUCGCUUCAUUGCGGGCCAAUGGAAUGCUGCGACGUAUACUAAGGAAGGUUUGAAGUGGGUGCAGGAUACUGGUAUGAAAGAUGUCCUAGGCAGACAUUUCCCUGAGCUGAGGAAAGUGCUCGAUAAGAAGAGCAUCAAGAAUGUCUUUGCGCCCUGGGAGAAGUUGCCCGGGUCCGUGUCGCACCAGGGUAUUGAGACCAAUCCGCCGGCAAAGAAGAAAAAGUAA